AAUCAUUGACUUCCAUUUCAAUCACUAGCCCGAUGUCGGUGCGUAUAUAUUCAUAUUCAUUCUCAUCAGUUGUGAUCAGUUAGAGUGAUGUACAGUCCCCACAUCGCCCUCUUAUCGGCCGUGCAGGCCAACGACACGCGCCACAAUGCCACGCUGCGUUUCCAGCGUCGUGCCACGGAUAACGUCUACACGGAUCCACGUCUGGAGCAACUGAUUGUCUAUCGGGCCUUGCUGCAGCACCUGCUGCAGCAGAAGACCCACUAUGACCACGAGCGGGAGCUGGAACUCCAACGUCUCGAGCGCUUCCGCUGCGAGGGAGUCAACGAGCGGCGUCUGCAGAUCCAGGAGCAAGUGCUCAAGAAGGCCCAGGGCAUGCUGCCUGGCAUCGUCUUCAAAAUGCGCAACGAGAUGGACAAACUAAAGCGCUUUCUGGACAUCGACAAGGACCAGGAGCUGCGCCAACUGGACACCGCCCUCUACGACCACUGCGUCGCUCUGCUCAAUAACUGUCAGUCUACACUGGAAAAUCUACAUUGAGCUGCCACGUUAAAUUUCAUCAUUCUCAUUUGUCAAAUUAAAUAGUGCAAGCAAGAAAAACCAAAA